CACUAAAGGCAACUUAACCGGGAGCCCCGCCGCCUGUCGCCCACAACAGCAUCAUCAUCAUCAUCAUCAUCAUCAUCCUCUUCAUCAUCCUCAUCAUCAUCAGUAUCAGCAUCAGUGUGAUGAAGCAGCGGAGGACGGAGACCUUCCUGCUCUGAGACACUGGACCAGCCUGCACACAGGAUGACUGAGGUGAUGAACUCUCUUGAGCCCGGCACAGAGGACUUCAGCGGGGGAGGAGCGUCAGCAGAUCAGGGCGCAAUCUUCCCAGAUACCCAUGAAAGGUAUCCGAAGCUUUCCAAGAGACUUCCCUCCAUCGUGGUGGAGCCGACAGACGGAGCCGAGGUGGAGAGCGGCGAGCUGCGCUGGCCUCCGGAUGAACCCAGCUCUCCGGACGGCAAAACUGAGAGGAAGAGAGCAGAGGAACAAACUGCAGAUGAAUACCAGUCGAAUGUCGACGUGGACGAAGAGGCUUCAGCUGCGGAGAUGCAGGACUGAACAAACUCUCCUCCUGCGUGACGCACUGUUACUGUGAGUGAGUCCAGACUUGGAUUGAUGAAAUGUCCAAUAAAGGUCAACGUUGCAUUGAUAGAAAGAUCAUGGAGACAGAUUAGACACGGUAGAAAAACAGAUUCCCAAACCCCAGCUCACAGGCUUGGAGCCAGAGUCGUGCUGCCACCUUAAAUUAAUUCACAGAGGUGUUUGUUUUUAUUGUUUUGGGUGCGCUUCUUCCUUGGAUGAAGCUGGUUUUGACACAUGUAAGGAAAUAAAGAAGAUUGGAAGUUGAUAUAUUUUCCCUAAUUUGCCUUUUUACGAGAAGUGAAUGAAGAAAUAAUCUUUUGGCAGCAGGCGGUGUUUUUUUUGUCAGUAUUUAAACACUUUAUUUCAAGUUUACGUAUGUGAAGGUGGUUUUGAAAAAUGUAAGGUUAUAUAGAAGAUUGAAGGGAUUAAGUUGCUAUAUUGCUUUUUGUUAGGAAAAUAUCACUCGUCACCACACUUUUUUUCCUAGUUGGCCUUUUGGCUUUUCAGGAGAAGUGGAUGAACGAAUAACCUUCAGGCAGCAGGAGUGAUUUUAAUGUCAGAAUUUAUUUUAUAUUUUCCAGUUUACGUACAAUAAGUGAGGGUUUCCUUGUUUAAUAUGACUGUUUUCCAGCAUUCCCAGCUUGCUAUAUCACAUUAAAUACAAUUAUUUCUCUCUGGCUCCAAGCCUUCACCACCCAGAGUCCCAUCGGAUCUGGACAGAUGUUUAUAAAUACUGUGUGAGUAUCUAGCUCAAGUGUGCCAUAUUAAUACUACUACUAAUAAUAGUAGCUGCACAGUUUUUACAUUAAGUAUAGAUGUCAUUUACAUCUCUGUAUGUUAAGUGCUGACUGCUGUAGUUUUGGUGAUGCUUGGUCUGUAUUCACUUUCAAAAAUAGCUACGAUGUUUUAAAGAACAGUAUUUGAGUUAGAAAAAGCCUUCAUCACUUUAUUCGAUGUUAUCGCAACACAUUCUUUGAUAUAUUAUAAAAUGUUGUCUUCAUACAGUGGGUGUUUAAAAGGAAUGUAAUCGUAUUCUGUUUUACUUAUUGGAGCAAUAUGUUCACAGGAGUUUAAAGGCAGUCCAUUUUGUAACAGAAGUAGAAAUAUCCGGUGUAUUUUAGACGUGUGUCGCUUGUCACAGACAUGAUAUUUUUUAAAAUACUGGAAGUAAUUUAUUGCACAAGUAAUAAACCUUUUAACAAUUCUUAAA